GGGCCCCCACUACAUCAGGAUUAUUUGGGCUUAUAUUACUGCCUAAGAGGGCUAGUCGAAUUAGACUUGUUCGCAGUAUAAACCUUUUGACAGCAAAAUAUCGAUAUUGUACAGUAGUAAAAGCUUAUGUUGAAUACAAAACAAGCUAGUGCGGGGGAUGCUAUUAGAGUUGAGGAAGAUGAGAUUGGUGGUGUCGAAGAAAAAAGAGCGGAUAGUGCAGAAACGAUCCCGAGCGCGGUAUCCAAACCAUUAGAAGUAGUGGAUAAAGGACCCUCGAACGCUGAGCAUGACAUCAGCGAAAGUGAUGCAUGCAACGAUAAUGACACUAAUGGCGGUAAUAGCAGCGCCACAGAAGUUGAGGAAGAAGAGGAUUCUCAAUAUGAAGAUGAUGCGGGGGGUGAUGAUGAUGAUGAUGAUGACUCCUACACUCCGGAAGUAGUGGCACUCUCGUCAAAUCAAAAGGAGUCGCGCAAUUCACUUGUGGUUAGUAACAAAACCUACUCUUCUUCUGCUUUCGUGCAAAACAAGGGCUACAUUCUGGCUCAGGCUAAGCUACGUGGUAAUCCCAAGGCCACUUUCACCUUGUGCAACACGAGACGCCCCCACAACAUCCUCAAGUGCCGUUCGCUACACCUAACCAAUCGCGCCGUCCUUGUGGAAGAUCGGUAUGUGCGGCUGAACAUGCUUCUCAAUAGCGUCGGGAAGACAACUCUUUUAGAGAAUCCCUCUAAGGCUUUGCGGAUGCAGUUCUGUCACCACGCGCAUGAGGGGACCAUGGCCGCCACCGAGGCCUGCGAUAAGCUCCAUCUCCAACCCAACAUUGUCUUUAUCGGUGUCCCAGGCCUACGCACGGCCUAUUACGAGGCCGAGCUCCAUCCCAACUUAGCUCUCACCAAACUUAAACAACAGCCUUGGGAGACGCAGUGUGGGACGUGGUGUCGAAACGGUCGUUCUCAUGUCAUCACCACCUGCCGCUUCCUUCAUUACCAACGGGGGAGUACAUACACGGAAAAGCCAAAUCCACCCUUGCGCCCCCUCGCCCUCAUUCCAGAGUUCACCCCAAAGCAGCCCACGAAGGCGGCGGUCGCCGCGAAGGCCCCCGAGUAUGGCACUAUGACGGUGCUAGCCGGUAAGAAAGCUGCCGGACGAAGGCAGUCUAAAGGGAUCCGAGGCUGCGGCAGUGCCCGUGCCGUGCCGCUCCCGGAAUUCGCUCGUGGCGAUCGUUCGGGUGCUAAAAGUGGAGCUAUCGCACCAGCCGUUGUAUCUCAUAAAGUAGAUAGACCAUCUCCUACGACAAAGGGCGAUCCCCUGAGCAAUCCUAAUAACGUGCACACAUGUCUUGGCGGGGGUGAAAAGAUCCAGAUGGAGUGGUACAAACUCUUGAUGCUGUUCCUUGUUUUGUUGGUUAUACUAUUCUUCUUGCUGGUUUACGCAGUUAAACGACCCUUUGCUUGA